GAUUAUUAAUCCAGCUAGAGAAGAAAUAUCCUUUUACUUAGCAAGAAUGAGUAUCCGAAGAGCUGAUAAUAUUGUUCAGGCAGCAGGGUGGAAUGGCAGAGCUUGAAGAAUGUCUUCCAAGCAAGCCACCUCUCCAUUUGCCUGUGCAGCUGAUGGAGAGGAUGCGAUGACCCAGGAUUUGACCUCAAGGGAAAAGGAAGAGAGCAGUGAUCAACAUGUGGCCUCCCAUCUGCCUCUGCACCCCAUAAUGCACAACAAACCUCACUCUGAGGAGCUACCAACACUUGUCAAUACCAUUCAACAAGAUGCUGACUGGGACAGCGUUCUGUCAUCUCAGCAAAGAAUGGAAUCAGAGAAUAAUAAGUUAUGUUCCCUAUAUUCCUUCCGAAAUACCUCUACCUCACCACAUAAGCCUGACGAAGGGAGUCGGGACCGCGAGAUAAUGACCAGUGUUACUUUUGGAACCCCAGAACGCCGCAAAGGGAGUCUUGCUGAUGUGGUGGACACACUGAAACAGAAGAAGCUUGAGGAAAUGACUCGGACUGAACAAGAGGAUUCCUCCUGCAUGGAAAAACUACUUUCAAAAGAUUGGAAGGAAAAAAUGGAAAGACUAAAUACCAGUGAACUCCUUGGAGAAAUUAAAGGUACACCUGAGAGCCUGGCAGAAAAAGAACGGCAGCUCUCCACCAUGAUUACCCAGCUGAUCAGUUUACGGGAGCAGCUUCUGGCAGCACAUGAUGAACAGAAAAAACUGGCAGCCUCACAAAUUGAGAAACAACGGCAGCAAAUGGACCUUGCUCGCCAACAGCAGGAACAGAUUGCAAGACAACAGCAGCAACUUCUGCAACAGCAGCACAAAAUUAAUCUCCUGCAGCAACAGAUCCAGGUUCAGGGUCACAUGCCUCCGCUCAUGAUCCCAAUUUUUCCACAUGACCAGCGGACCCUGGCAGCAGCUGCUGCUGCCCAACAGGGAUUCCUCUUCCCCCCUGGAAUAACAUACAAACCAGGUGAUAACUACCCUGUACAGUUCAUUCCAUCAACAAUGGCAGCUGCUGCUGCUUCUGGACUCAGCCCUUUACAGCUCCAGAAGGGUCAUGUAUCCCACCCACAAAUUAAUCCAAGGCUAAAGGGCUUAAGUGACCGUUUUGGCAGGAAUUUGGAUACCUUUGAACAUGGUGGUGGCCACUCUUACAACCACAAACAGAUUGAGCAGCUCUAUGCCGCUCAGCUGGCCAGCAUGCAGGUGUCACCUGGAGCAAAGAUGCCAUCAACUCCACAGCCACCAAACACAGCAGGGACGGUCUCACCUACUGGGAUAAAAAAUGAAAAGAGAGGGACCAGCCCUGUAACUCAAGUUAAGGAUGAAGCAGCAGCACAGCCUCUGAAUCUCUCAUCCCGACCCAAGACAGCAGAGCCUGUAAAGUCCCCAACGUCUCCCACCCAGAACCUGUUCCCAGCCAGCAAAACCAGCCCUGUCAACCUGCCAAACAAAAGCAGCAUCCCUAGCCCCAUUGGAGGAAGCCUGGGAAGAGGAUCCUCUUUAGAUAUCCUGUCUAGUCUCAACUCCCCUGCCCUGUUUGGGGAUCAGGAUACAGUGAUGAAAGCCAUCCAGGAGGCACGGAAGAUGCGAGAGCAGAUCCAGCGGGAGCACCAGCAGCAACAGCCACACGGUGUUGAUGGGAAACUGUCCUCCAUAAAUAAUAUGGGGCUGAACAACUGCAGGAAUGAAAAGGAAAGAACACGCUUUGAGAAUCUGGGGCCCCAGUUAACAGGAAAGUCAAAUGAAGAUGGAAAACUGGGCCCAGGUGUCAUCGAUCUCACUCGGCCAGAAGACGCAGAGGGAAGUAAAGCAAUGAAUGGCUCUGCAGCUAAACUACAGCAGUAUUAUUGUUGGCCAACAGGAGGUGCCACUGUGGCUGAAGCACGAGUCUACAGGGAUGCCCGCGGCCGUGCCAGCAGUGAGCCACACAUCAAGCGACCAAUGAAUGCAUUCAUGGUUUGGGCAAAGGAUGAGAGGAGGAAAAUCCUUCAGGCCUUCCCCGACAUGCAUAACUCCAACAUUAGCAAAAUCUUAGGAUCUCGCUGGAAAUCCAUGUCCAACCAGGAGAAGCAACCUUAUUAUGAAGAACAGGCCCGGCUAAGCAAGAUCCACUUAGAGAAGUACCCAAACUAUAAAUAUAAACCCCGACCGAAACGCACCUGCAUUGUUGAUGGCAAAAAGCUCCGAAUUGGGGAGUAUAAGCAACUGAUGAGGUCUCGGAGACAGGAGAUGAGGCAGUUCUUUACUGUGGGGCAACAGCCUCAGAUUCCAAUCACCACAGGAACAGGUGUGGUGUAUCCUGGUGCUAUCACGAUGGCAACUACCACACCAUCACCUCAGAUGACAUCUGACUGCUCUAGCACCUCGGCCAGCCCCGAGCCCAGCCUCCCGGUCAUCCAGAGCACUUAUGGUAUGAAGACAGAUGCCGGAAGCCUAGCUGGAAAUGAAAUGAUUAAUGGAGAGGAUGAAAUGGAAAUGUAUGAUGACUAUGAAGAUGACCCCAAAUCAGACUAUAGCAGUGAAAAUGAAGCCCCGGAGGCUGUCAGUGCCAACUGAGGAGUUUUUGUUUGCUGAAUUAAAAUACUCUGACAUUUCACCCCCUACCCCAACAAAAAGUUCUUAAAGAGCCCGCAUGCAUUUGUGGCUCCACAAUUACAUCAGCAGAAUGGUCUUAAUUGUUUCGUAAAGUGUGAGACAGAUUAAGUUUUCCCUGAUUUUUCAUGAACUUGAGUUUUUUGUCGUUAUUGUUAUUGUUGUUGUUGUUGUUUUUUUAAUUUAGGUGAAGACAUAUUAAAUAUGAGACACCAGGACUUGAAAACUUAUCUCAACCCGUAGAUGUCUUACAAGUCUUAUAUUUUUGUCUUACUUUUUUUUUUCUUUUGGAUGUUGAUAAAGGUUUAAGUUACUGUUUUAGAUGGGGUUAAACAUUCUCACUCAGGUAUGCUGUGCCGGCCUACAGGUUGUGAAUGUGUUUUUAUUCUGAAUUAUCUUAGAAAACAACUGAGGAUUUCAUAUUGUGAAACAGAACAAGUCCACGGCGUGUGCAGCUGCAUGUAGAGCAUAUUCAAAAGGCCUCAGAAUUCCAGUUUUCCAUGUGUAGAGUUAAACUUCGAAUGUGCCAAACUUUUUCUUAACUUUUGAAUCUUAAUAUUUUGAAAGUCUUAAAAGAGACACUGCAAAGUCUUAGACAAUCUUUGGCAUCUUAAAAUAAAAGAGAAAAACAACUUUUUUUUUCCAGAAAAUGGUAAAGUGCUCAGGAAUCUGGAGACAAGAUAUUGUAAGGAAUGAACAAGGUUGCCACAGUGCAUGGACCCAAUUGUGUUUGCCUGUUGAUGUGCCAUCAGUGCAUGAUGUGGUAUGACGUACACACACCAGAGCGAUCACCACACCAGAUAUCGACAGGGUGGUCUUCUCUGCCUGAGACCACCUCUCACUACAUCCAUUAUCCCUUUGCCUUUAACCCUGACAUUCAGUCUUAACACAUCUUCUCUUAAAUAAUUUAUUCAUUCCAGAAUGUCAAGGGUCCACUUACUAUUUAUUUUUUUAAAAAAUUGUUGGUGGCAUUAAUUUAAUAAUUCUUGUUUUUCACCCUCCUUCCCCAAGGAAUUUUUUAGUCCUUUUCACCUCCUCCCUCUAUGUACAUAGUGAUUUUAUGCCCCCAGAACACCUGGAAGCAUUUCUGAAACCAAGAUACUAUUAAAAAACCUAUUAUUGUUUUUAAUCAUGAGUAUAUAUCUGGCUGCAGGGCUGUGUAUUGGGAUAGAGGUGUAUAGUCUUAAACAGGCAUGCCCCUGAGGUUCACUGUGACCUCAAGUCUUUUGCCAGAAUUUUUCCCUAAUUCAGUUCACGAGUGGUAGGGUCUGCAUCUGCGACAUUUCCCCCUGAAUUCUAUUCACAGCAAGGGUCAACAGUGGUGACUGCCAGGCAGGAGAGUCCUGCGGCCAAACCUGAAGCCCCAGGCUCGUGGGCCAUGCAGGAGUCUCAGUGAAGCUGUCAUGGGCUGGCACCUUUACACUGAGUUGCCUUGUCCCAGCUGGCACAUCCAGGGAGUUCAUUGCAAAAUCUCCAGGAUGCGAGAAGCCAUGUGACAGCCUGAGAGCAAAGAUAGUGGCAAAUAGUCAUGAUACAUCUAGAGAAUGAAAGAAACCAUAGGAGAGGGGGAGAGGGGUAAUACAUUCCCCAUAUAGGAUGUUCCUACUGUUAACUCUGGGGAACAGAUAGCUCUGGGGGCAGCAGAUAGGUUCCUCUGGCUGACUCUUAUCUGUGGCCACAUGGGGACAUACCUACGUAUGAACAAGAUGAACUGCAUUUGUCACACAAGGAUUUCUUAGGAGACAUGCUGCUGGGAUGGGAAGCAGUGAGGUUUUAUUCCCCAUCUCCUAACUACAGGGAGCUCUGCCAUGCCAUUUUGACCUUCCUGAAACCAGGACAGGUUGCCUAUUGGGGGUCUUCACCCAGAGAGGUUUAGUGGGAGAAUGUCAGUGAAUGGGAAAGUUCAUCUCAUGGGACAACCCAGAAUCUGAUCACCAGGACAUAGGAAUGGCCCCAUCAGAUUUCUUGAGCCGUUUUGUCACUUGGAAGAAAAUAGUGUACCUUUGUAUUUAUUUAACAGUGCUCAAGGCCUAAUAGCAAUAAACAGGUCUAGCCAAGAAAUUACCAGCUAUGCCAUUAGCUGGAAGUGCUCUCUAUAAGCUGAUUAAGGUACUGAUAGGAAUGUUUUGUUCUUCAUAUUGGUGGGGGAUUAGAAAUUUGUUUUUGUACAUUUAUUUCAAAUGAGGAGGAGGUCUUUUUUCCUAAAAAAAAAAAAUGAGUAUUUAUUAUUGUCUUACUGAUUUCUUUGAUUUAUAUACCUCUCCUCCUCAGUUCACUCUCGUUUUUUUUCUCUUUUUCUUUGGCUUUUGCUUGUGCUUUCUCUCUCUUCUCUUAUUUUGUUGCAUUGGUAGAGUGUUGUAUGGCUAGUAUUGUAUUGUAUGUAAUUAAUUUUGCACAAAGGCAAACAUUUAGCAUAGUAGGUUAAUUUUGUUUGUUUUUAUGACCAUGCCAAAAUAAUAUUCUGGGCUGGUGGAGAACAAAGGACUGUUCUUUAGGACUGAAACUUGAUUUUGCUUGUAGUAAGUGAAAAAAAAACAAAAACAAAAAAAAACAAAAAAAAAACACACACACUCACAGAUGUUGUUUCGUAAGUGUUAUAAGCACUGGAUAUAAAUGGUAUUUUUUAUCACUUCUGACUAAUGUGAAACUGUUGUACGAAAACUACAUGAACAAAAGUCAUCUGUUUCGACUCGUGUGGGCUUGCCUCACAGUUGCCGGAUUUGAGUCAUUUUUAUGUCUUGUUAUUUCAUUUAUUUAUGCAAAAUACAUGUGUGUAUGAACACUUUGUUUUAGCUCCAGCUCUGCCUCAGUACUGGGGUUCAGUUACUUUUAGCCAUGUUCUUAAAAAUGAAAGGCUAUUCAGGAAUGAUCUGAUUGUAAACAUCUCUUUCAUUGGAUCAAAGAGUAAUGCUGUAUUUGAAUCUAAAUUUUGUGUAUAAGCAGUUUAUUUAUUAGCCAAGUUUGGCUCUAAAUAUCCAUGGAAAUUAAGAAUGACAAUCAUAGGGAUCACUUCAUUUUAUUUUCAGUGGGGCUUAAACAAAGUUUUUAUGACUUUACCAUCUCAUUUUAGAUUUUUCUAAUUGUGUAAAUAUAACAUAGCAAUAGAAUUUAUUUUUGGUUCAUGAAUUCUUAGUGAGGUCUAAGUUAUGUAUUUCCUUUUUGUUCUCUAUCCAUAGAUAUUGGUCCAAACUGAAAGUUGAUGAGUCACUGUGCCUCACAGCAGUAGUGAGUUAUCAGCUACAGUGAGAGAGCAGUGUUCGGCCUGCAGCUGGGACAGGCUUCACCAGGGUUCUCAUUGCAGGUCAGAACCCACUGUCCACAGAUUCAGACAUUUCCCAGUUUCUUACAGAAAGCUGAUGAUUGGACAUACUAAAUUUCCACUACAGCUGGGAGACCGUUUGCUAUGUGAGUCCACAUAAAUCUUCUAAGGUAGUUCUGUGACCAUGUAAUAGCAAGAAGCAUGAAUGCCAUUACAAAGGCAAAAAUCCACCUCUGAGAUUGGCCAUUAAUAAAAGUUCCACCAUGACAUUUUGGUGUCAAUAAUGUUAAGCAACCUUGUUUUUGCGGUGCUUCCUAUUCCAUAGUAUCUUCAAAUCAAAGAUAAAAAGUAUUUCCAUUUUGUUAAAGAACACACAGGAUCAGGGUUCUCCUUGUUACUUAGAAUUGGAACACUGGCAGACAAUCCUCUCCUUAAAAAGUAAAGGGCGGUAUGGGAUGGAAGGGAAAGGAGAAAAGAAGGAAGGAAGGAAAAAAAGGAAGGAAGAGAGAGAGAGAGAAAAGGUCGCUUUGCGGACGUGAGCCGCCAGGCUGACAACUUUUCUAUUUCACUGGCAGAUAUCAAACAGCGUCUUUUCCAGGAAGGUACGGAAGCUUUGUUGUUUUCACACCUAUCCAACUCAGUCUUUUAGGAGCACAUCAGUUUGCUUCAUUAGGUAUUUGAUACUCUCCAGCCUUGUCCUCAGGCCUGAUUUGAUUUGCCAAGGUCCUGACACCAAUGCCCAGGCCAACUUCUAAAUUCAGGUGUGGGCUCCCAGUGCUAUUGAGCUUGUCGAAUUCUGGCCUCCCCUGAACAUUUAGCCCCACGGGAGCCUGAGGGUGUUUGAAAAGGGUGUGAUCACUCUAGGGCUGAAAUUAAAGGCUGCUUUCUUUUCCUUCUGAAGCCAGGCUGCUUCUCUGGAGCACACCCUCCUGAGCCGGGAACGCAGGCGCUAGCUGAAAGCAGGGAUUGUUUCUGGGAAGCCCAUUUACCCUCAGUAGGAAGGCAGCCUGGUCACUUGAACAGCACAGCCGAGGCUGCUUCUCUCAAUUUACUCAUUUUGCAAAGAAUUGACCUCUACCAACUCAUUAGGGAGAGAAAAAAGAAUCACUUAGUAAUUUUAGAUCAUCGAGAAGUCCCCUACCAAGUGCCAACAACUGCUAAGAAACGCAGCUAGAGGAAUGUAUUGAAAUUAUUACUGGGUCUUCCUUUUAAUGAGAAAAUGACCAAAAUGGUUGCUGUAGCCCUGCCUGAUUUUGUACACGUUUGUCUAAGGAUUGAGUUGGCACUUAAGCUCACUUCUCAAAGUAUAAUAAUAUUGUAUGACCUCAUUUGUCCUUUCACAAAAGCACUUGCAUCAUUUCCUUAAGUCAUCUGCUCCCUGACAUGUUUUCUUCCCUAAUAAACAACUUCUGUCUGUUAUUCUUGCCAAUGAUGUUCUGUUUCUGAUGCCAUAUCCUAUUGAGCGUGCCCCUGCACUAAUAUCACUGAAACUAUUGAUAUGCAAACACAUUUCCUUUUCAUCCCCAUUCCAUCUUUUCUUUUGGGGACAGAUUGCUUUCCAAAAGCUCAUGAACAAGUAUUUGGAAUGCUGGUACCUUUGGGGCAGAGGUAAGGGUGGAUGGGGUGGGGGCAGAAAGGUAAUGCUUAAUGCAGAUACUCUUCUAAUCAGUGUCCGUGGCAAUAUGAACGCUUGAAGACAACUCAGUGACAUAUCUUGCUCAGUAGUUUCUGAUUCCUGAAGAACCACAAGCAUAAAGUGAGGCCUCAGUGCUGGUGCUCUUGGAGUAUGGGGAAUGUGCAAAUAUUGAACUGUUUCGUAUGCUGCACAUUGCAGGUCUGCUCAUGUGCAUUCUCCCUUUGUCUUCCUUUGUCAUAUGUGUUGUUGCUUUUUUGAAAGUGCAGUCUUUAUUGUACCCUCCUCCAGCUUGUAGCAAAUUAGAAUGCUUAGCAUUUAUGUUCAUUCAUUAUUGUAUUUGCCAUGUAAAAUUUUUAUUACCUUAGACAAGCUUAUAAGCUGUUACUACAUAACUUAUCUUACUGUAACUCUUUUAUUUUCCCCCCGACGUUGUAAUUUGUUUGUGAUGUAUAUUGUGAGAUUGUAUUCUAUGUUAAUUUAAUCAGCACAAUUCACUGACAUGCUGGACUGACAUGCUGGCUGCUGUUUCAAAGUGUAAAGUUUGUGUAGGGCUGUUGGGACAACUGCAACUCUGUUGUCAAGGUACUGUGCUUUGGUUCCUAUAGCAACACUGGGUGUGGCCCUUGAAUUGCUAAGGGCAUUUAAUACACCCUGGAGCAAAUUUUAACUGCAGAUUUUCUUUGUAGAAAUUCUAUGUAUAAUGCAGGUACCUACUUGGCCCAUGGCUGGUAACUAUUUGGGCAAUUAGAGAAAAAAAAAAAAACAAAAAACCAUAAAAACUAGUGUCUAUUGCUGCUUUGAAUAUGUUUGAAAGUCUGAAAAUGUAAAUAGUUUAUCAAAAAAAAAAUCUUGUACAGUCCAGUGUAAAGUUUUUAAAUGACCUUAAGGGUUGCCAUCACAUCUUUCUCGCACUCUCCUCUUGAUAAUAAUAAUUAAAAGUUUGCAAAGGAUUAAAGAAAUGGGAAAAAUAAAAAAAAAAUCUCUUCAAAUUUACAGGAAUGAAUUAUUGUUCUUAGCUUUGUUGCUACACAAACUUCUUGGAUUUUGUUGUGCAGUAUUGACGUGAGAUAAAGCUCAACAUUGAAUAAUCUUUCAGUGGUACUUUUCAAAGUCUUCCCCUCCUCUGCCUCAUAAUUAAGGGAAAAGACAAAAUUGAAAGACACACUGUCUUUAUCUAUCCUGGUGUAUGUUGGCACCUUAGCUACUUUUUUUUUUUCCUUUUUGCACAAGGUGCUUUCCUGAUAUGUUCAACAUGCCAUCUUUGGGUGAUAAUGUAUAUGCCGUGAUGGGGCUCAGGCCCCUUAGGGGAGUGUCUAUAAGAACUGCCUAUUUAUGCUCAUUUACCUCAAGACUGUCCUCUCUACCCUAAUCUAGUUGUCAUCACUCCAUCUUUUGUACUGCUGUUGACACUUACAAAUUAAAGAUAAAUUUUGUUUUAUGA